AUGGAAAGUAAUAUCGGUGGAGCUGGAGAAGUAAGAAGAGUGAAACUAGUCUAUUUCCUUAGCAGCCGUUCUGGUCAAGUUGACCAGCCUCAUCUCUUGUCCGUUCAUCAUCUCUCCCGUAAUGGUGUCUUUCUUCGAGAUGUGAAGCGAUGGUUAGCGGGUGUACGAGGGAGUGCCAUGCCAGACCAAUACUGUUGGUCGUGCAAAAGGAGGUAUAAGAAUGGAUAUGUAUGGCAAGAUUUAUUGGAUGACGAUCUUAUUACUCCCAUCUCCGAUAAUGAAUACGUUCUCCAAAAGGAGUCUCCUCAUGCGGAAAAGAAAGCUUGGAAGACAAGGAACUUUGGUGACGGCAGUAUUGACGCUAAGGAAAAUCUACUGAAGUCGAAGUUAACGUCGGACAUGAUCCACAAAGAGUCUCCCGUCUUCUGCUCUCAACGUUGGACGGCGACAACGUCGACAGUCACCGAUGAAUCCACCACAAACGAAGAAGAAACGUUCGUUCUUAAGAAACCAGGUCUGAAAAAAGUAUCCGGCGAAGGACACGGGUCGACAGGAAAAGUGUCGGGUAACGACACAGAGUCAGGUCGAACAAGUGUAUCGUCGACGACGUCGUCUUCGAGUUUUAUUAAAGGUAAGAGUUAUUCGAGCAGGCGUGCCUCGCAAGUGCUAAGGAACUUGAUAAAGUACUGCGGUGGUUUGGACACGAACGACGCCGUAUUAGUGCCUUUGAAUAAGUCUGCGUCUAGGUCUUUUGGUGCGACUUGGGAAGAUGAACCCAGAUUCCAAUACCAACAGCACAAUGCUCGGUACGCUCCAAAGUACUACCUACUCCUGUUAAUGCCGCAUAUGAUUGGGACUUUUACUCUUUGA